AUGCCACAAGCGGCGAUCGGUCCACGAGGGGACGCCUCUCGUCUUACUCAGCCCGUGCGGCAGAGAAAAGGGCCAGCAGCAGUCCCAAUAUCCGGCAGAAAUCUUUCGAAAUGUUUGAAUCGAGUUCAACUGGCCUCGAAGUGUCACAGUCAUCGUCCGGCUGUUAAACACAGUUUCAGGACGCCCAGAAUAUCGACUGCAACAUGCCCAUCCACUUUCCGUGCACCUAUUGCGUCAUCAUGCAGAAAAAGUCUUUCCAUGAUCGAUUUAUCGCCUGCGAAAAUUGAUGCUAAUUUGCAGAUCAGGUCAGAGGGAGUCAGGGGAGAGGCAGAAAUGGGACAAAUGGGUGAAAGAAGCUCAGAUGUCCAGAAUUUAAACGGAAAGACUUAUAAUGAAGAAGAGGGAACGAUUAAAAGUGCUGCUAGCCUUGUUUGUCAUGCAUUAGCACUCAAUGCUUGGAGGAGAAGGAGAGAAGAGGUUGUGGAGCUGAGUGGAACUAUUGAGAAGCUUGGUCAACAGGUCGAACAUCUGCAGCUGCAGAUCGCAGUGCUUAGGAGGCUGCUGGAGACCGAGAAUAACCGAGUUGCCAAACUCAGCAGUGAAGUUCAUUGUACUAGGACACAGCUGGAAGAUGAGAUCAAACAAAAAGGAGAAAUCAUUGCUGGAAAAGAAAAACUAGAGAUUGAAGUAAAGAGGUCUAAACAAGUUUCGGAGAGCAGAGAAGUCUUCACUGAGAAUUUGAAGAAUGAGUUACUUUCUGUCAAGGAUCAAUUGGCAGCUUUGGAGACUCAGAUGUCCAAGGAGCGCGAGAAACUCCUCAAACUUCGUGAGGAUAAGAAAAUCCUACUCGAGAAGGUCUCAGGGAGUGAGGCUCUAGCUGCUGAGCGUGGAGAGAAAGCCGAGAGAGUUGAGAAAAUACGAGAGGAGUUACAGGGGAGGCUGGGAGUCCAAGUAGAAAUAAUUGAUACUCUCCAAGGAGAUAAACAAAAGCUCAGCAGGGAUUUGAAAGUCGUUGAGAUGGAGAAAGUUAGAUUAGAAAAGAGACUGUCAUCGAGUGAGGAAUCUGGAAAAGCUUUGAGCCUGCGCGUUAAUGAUCUUGAAAUGCAGUUGGGGGAUAGGGAAGCUGCACUUCGGAGAAUCGAAACUGCAUAUAAUGCUCAAUUAAUUGAGCUUAACGACCUUCGACAGCGACUUGUGCGUCAGAGCCAAGAAAGUCGAUGGAGUAACGCAGUUCUUCAAAUCGCUGGACGGGUCGUAAGAGUGCCUCGAGCUAUCCUGAGAACUCUCUCCUUCCUUUCCACCACCCCUCAACCAUCUCACCCGUGAAUACCAAGGAGAACUGGAAGAAACUCUUUAAAGAAUAUUCUGUAACUUGUUUGAUAGAAUGUUCGGUAAAGUGCGGAGUUAUCCGAAGCACCCAAGGGACAACGUCUUAGAUGUGAAAACUCUGAUGGAUUAUUACUGGAAGCUGGCUCAUCAAUCUUUUGGACUUAACAUGGAAUUAACAAGUGAUCAAUCAUAUUGGAGCUUAUUUUUUUAAUUAGGAUAUAUUACCUGGAAAACUAGGUCGUUCAUAUCUAAUGGAUGAAAAAACAAAAAAUCGGGAGAGGGAUGGAAUUUUUUGCUAGAGUAAAUGAAUAAAUAAAUCUCUUUUUGCUGCUUUUGA